AUGGUAGGGCAUGUUGUUUCGCCAGAAGAUGACAUCGAGCUCAGUGGCGAAGAUGCUCCGUUUCUCCUAGAAGAUCUCAGGAGCCAGCCCGCGGCUGGGGAUGUACCUCCCGAUGAUUCCAGCUCAGACACUGUUUUACCAGAAAAAAGCCGUCGUCGGCUGGUGAUCACCCUGGUUGCGAUAAUGCUCACUUUUGCGAUCGGGGGUCAGAUGAUCCCAGGCCCCAUGGUGCGCAUUAUCGAAGCCAUCGCCUGUGAUGACUAUUGGCGUGCACACGACCCAAGUCGGCUCGCGGCUUCAGGCCAUGUAGUAGAGCAGCUGUGUAAGAUAAAAGAGGUGCAGGAGGAAGUCACAACUAUCAAAGGGUAUAUGGAUUUCUUCGAGGGGCUACUCUCCGUCCUCUGCGCUAUCCCGUACGGCCUAUUGGCGGAUCGAUAUGGGCGCAGGCGAGCGAUUCGUCUUACCAUUCCUGGAUUUCUCCUGAACUCAAUCAUCACAAAUUCCGUACUGUGGUUCUCUGAUAUCUUCCCUCUCAGGGCUAUCUGGCUCGGAUCGCUGAGCUGGACUAUUGGGGGAGGGCCAGCUAUCGCAAUGGCGCUGAUAUGGACAAUGUUGGCCGAUCCCACGACAGAUUCAAACCUUGCGAUACUCUUCUUCCGGGUUGGAGUUAUCAUGGACAUUACUAGUUUUCUUGCCGGCGCGUUAAGCGCGCAACUCAUGACCUUGAACCCUUGGAUCCCGAUGAUGGUCGGUAGUGGAAUCGUUACUAUCGGACUGAGCUGUACUUUCUUUCUGCCGGAGACUAUGAACGAUUGCGUGAAGGGGAAAUCCCCAAUAAACGGGAAUGAACCAGUUUCCUGCAUGGGCGGCUUGAUUGUCGAUGAGGAAGCGUCCUACUCCAGCCCGAAGGGCCUCCCGAAAACGUCGAGACAUCAUCUUAUCUUGGGGAAGAUUCGACGGUUCCUCAACCAUGGCAUCUGCAUCUUCGACACCCGGAUCUUGUUGCUACUCCUCACUUUCGCCGUCUCCCAGCUCGCUGGGGGUUCCUCUGAGUUCUUGGCGCAGUAUAUCUCCACACGCUUCAGCUGGACUCUAGCGCGGGCCAAUCUCCUCAAAUCCUUCCACACUGCUGCUACCAUCCCCGUAUUCCUGUUCCUCCUUCCGUAUCUUUCAACACAUGUUCUGCAUUACCUAUCGCUGCAUAGAAGGGAUCUUUACCUUGCGCGUAUGAGUAUUAUCUGUCUAGCCGUUGGAUCACUCGGUGUUGGUCUUGCGCCGCACAUCAUCGUCUUGGUUCCAAGUCUUUGUCUGCACGCGGCUGGAGGAGGAUUCCCGCUUGUCGCACGGUCUCUGGCUACAGCCUUGGUAGAGAGGGACAAAACAGCAAGACUCUACUCGACAAUCGAGAUAUUACAGUCGGUGGGGAGUGUGUUGGGGAGUCUUUGCUUUACCAAUGUAUUCACACUUGGGUUGAAAAUGAGCGGGGCAUGGAUCGGGCUGGUGUGGAUAAUGAGCAGUCUUCUCUUUGCAUUGGUGGGAAUCGCGCUUAUGAUCCUUCAAGUAUAA